GAAUUAUUUUAUAUCGCAUAAUACAUGCAACAUACCAAAAUAGCGCAUGCGAUUGCACACCUUUACCGUUAUAACUUCAAAAGAUAUCACAAUAUUCCAUUUUAUUUAUUCAGUACAAACAAAACAGCAAUCAUAACUCCAUAUGAACAUAGCUAACCUAUCCAUAUCGAUGUGAAUUAUGAAAGCAUAUUCAUUAACAAGAUGUAGGUAUCUGUCGAUUGUGUAUGUAUUUAACUGCAUGAUUAUUGGCGCACAUCAGGCAAUACGAAACGCCGUGAGCUAUAACGAAUUUCCUACCCAUCUUUACCACUGUUCCCGCUAACGGAGCAUAGCACGGUCAGCAUCAUCGUACGUCAUGCCAUCCUGCAAGUGCAAACUAAAACGGAUCUUUAAUUACUUCCGUACAACGUCUGGAAGCAUUUUUUCUCUCUCUCUUUAGAAUCUUCCCUUUUUGGCUCAUUGCCAUCAUCUCGGACCGUGCAGCGAAGUAGUGCAUUGCAGCGGCUUCAAGGAAACCGUACAACCGACCACGCUCACAAAAGGACUCGCCCGCUAGGACGCUAAGACCAUGCUGAGGUAUAAAAAACCACACACCAGGAGCAGGCAGAAUUCAGACACGCUGCACCAUUCAAUCGGAAACGCUACAUCGUCGCGCAGCGCGCCCAUUCAACCGCCGACAGCUAGCGCUAACGACCGCCGGAACCAGCGAACGUCCCGGGCAAACAUUAAAAAGCAAAUAACAAAAUUCUAAUUAAUCUACCGCCGAGAUCUUUGCCGGUGCCGCGCCGAUAUGGAUACCGUGAAGCUGUUCACCGUGCUGCUGAUUUGUGCCUCUUUGAUGUUGAUCACCGAAGCUCAGCUGACCUUCACACCGGCCUGGGGCAAGCGGUCGCAAGGUGCGAUGGGAAUUAAUCCGCUCGGCAGUACCUUCGGGCAGGACGCGUGCAAAACACCGGUUGAUUCGCUGCUCGUCAUCUACCGGAUGAUUCAGGCCGAAGCGCAGAAGAUUGUUGAUUGCAGCCAGAAGUAGACACCAACGCCCACCAGCCCAUGGAGUGCAGGCGCAAAGCAUCGCGCCCGGGGCCACCGUUUGCCCCGCCGUUUCUUGCCCGAUGCCGCGCUCCACGCUCUUCAUACAAUCGGUUGCUCGAUUUUCCCGCAGGCAGGAUGUACACAGAUUUUCCUCACCGUUUGUUCGUUUCGUUCGGCUCACUGGGCAACAAAGAUAGCUCUUGUUCCGAGGACCACUUCACACCCAUCAUGUUUCGGCCUUUGUUGCGGGGUUACGCUGUAUUGUAAAUAACUCGUGCUGCUCUAUCAUCGACGGAAGGAUUCAAUGUGACAAAGUCAAACAAAACAAAUAAGAAAAAAAUAAACAAAAUGGCAUAAGUUAAAGGCAUUGGUG